CACGCUUACCCUGACGUCGUUGGACUCUGGGACGCUCUCUGGACUGCACCGGCGGGGAAGUUAGCAAGCAAGCUGAGCACAGACUUGAACAAAUCACUGUUCAUCAAUCAGACAUGGCGCUCACACAAGUGUCCUCCAACAAGUGCGCUGGUGGUUUCCAGAAGGUGUUCGAACACGAGAGCACUGAACUCAAGUGUAAAAUGAAGUUCGCCGUCUACCUGCCUCCUAAAGCCGAGACAGGCAAAUGCCCCGUCUUGUACUGGCUCUCUGGUCUGACGUGUACGGAGCAGAACUUCAUCACCAAAGCCGGCGGUCAGCUUCCAGCCGCAGAGCACGGCAUCAUCAUCGUCGCCCCCGACACCAGCCCACGUGGCUGUAACAUCGAAGGGGAGGAUGAGAACUGGGAUUUCGGCACUGGAGCCGGUUUCUACGUGGACGCCACCGAGGAUCCUUGGAAGACCAACUACCGCAUGUACUCGUACAUCACCGAGGAGCUCCCAAAACUGAUCAACGCUAACUUCUCCACCAACCCCGACAGGAUGUCCAUCAGCGGUCACUCCAUGGGCGGCCACGGGGCGCUUGUCUGUGCCCUGAAGAACCCUGGGAAGUACAAGGCCGUGUCUGCAUUCGCUCCCAUCUGUAACCCGAUGCAGUGUCCAUGGGGACAGAAGGCGUUCUCGGGAUACCUGGGCUCUGACAGGUCCACGUGGGAGGCGUACGAUGCCACCGUGUUGGCGGCGUCCUAUUCGGGCCCUCAGCUCGACAUCCUGAUCGAUCAGGGUCGUGACGAUCAGUUCCUGUCCGCCAGUCAGCUGCUGCCCGACAACCUGAUCGCUGUCUGCUCCGAGAAGAAGAUCCCUGUCGUCUUCAGGCUGCAGCCGGGUUACGACCACAGCUACUUCUUCAUCUACUCCUUCAUGGCCGACCACAUCAAGCAUCACGCCAAGUUCCUCAACGCCUGAACCCGGCUGUUCACCUGAGGGUUCACACACAUACCUGAGCCGGCUUCACCUCGCUCCCGCUGCAGGACUGGCAGUAACAACAUCCGCUUUGUUCUCUGGUAACAAACUCAACAAAACGAUAAUUCAGACGUCUGAAAUCUUAAACGGCACUUAACCUGGAGUCUCCGAAAACGACAAGAAACUCUUUUUUUAUCACGAUGUAAUAUCAUUUAAACUCCGGAUCGAGACAGUGUUUCUUUAUUAUGAAUGAGCACUCUCCUGCACACGGACAGACAUGAUGAGCUGAGCAGUCCCAGCUGUGUUUGAAAAUAAAAUCCUUCUUUCAUUUCA